AUGGAAAAUACCAACUUACAAGAAUAAGCAUAAACUGUAGAAGUGAAAUAGCAGGAAUCCUUCAUACUUAGUCAACAGAAAAACCCACACCACGAAGGUUCAAGACAAGUACAGAUGUCUCAGAUUCAUAACCAGAGAGCCCUAAACAUGAGAAAGAAUUUCUAGCCACUUAACCUGAGUUCUAAGCUUUCUUACUCAGCGAAGAAUAGCAUGCAGCAGAUUAUUUUUACGAACCAAGACAUUCAAAAGGCAUAGAUGUUUGAUAAGUACAAUAAAAUCAAGGCGAUGAAUAAUAACAUGAAUAACGAGACUUCACAUUAAGGGAAGACAGGUGCAGGCAGCAGUGCUAUUGGGAGUACUCCAGGGGAAUUGUCAAAUCAGAGAGUUAUCAGUGAAAGCGAUCCAGUUACAAGUAAAACUCUGAAUGUCAAUCCAGGGACUAUUAAUGAAAACGAGCACUCUCGAGUUUCUGGGGUUUUUCAUAACGGACUCUAUGUGGAGGGCAUCAAUGGCAGAGGACAAAGCAUGUCUAAAAUUGGGUUUCAGACUAACUACGACAGAUUCGGCAGAGUGAUGACCAAUAACGACCCUCGAGGGGGACAAAGUUUUACAAGAGAAGAAUCCCCUCUGAUGAAAUACAAAAGGUCGAUUAACCCAGGAGGUACUGAUGCAAUACAAACCACAGCUACAUAGAGCAUAAAUCAUCCUUUCAAUUCAUUGUAUGCAAACUCGUCAAUGAGGAAUGGAGAGUACGAUGCUCAAAACUUCAAGAGCAGCAACUAUGUAGUUAAAAUGACUACGAAGAGUGCUUACAAAAAUCCGAUGAGUGGGAUGUCCAAGAUAUAAAGACUUGCUCCUCAAAAGGCUUAAUCUGUCAUUAGAUAGUAUACAUCUUAAGUUUAUAACAGAAAAAUCAGUUCGUCACAAAGAGAUAGAGAUGAAAUAAAACAAAGGAGAUUUGAGCAGUCAGUUGAGGAUUUAGGCAAGGCAAAAACAAUACUGCCUGAUAUGACUUAUCAAUCUGGCUAUAGAAAUACAAUAGGGGUUGAUUAAGUCAGAAAUGGAACAUCUCUGUAAAACUCAAACAGUAAAUAUAGAAAUAACAACUUCAACGAGUAAGCCAAAAGAAUAAUAAAGAAAAUUUCAUAAAGGAAUGGUAAAGAGGAAUCUCUAGAUAGUUUGAGUGAAAAUCAAGUGCAUAGAGACUCUAAGAACGUGAGCAUAUUCAAUGAAAAUCAUGCUGACUUCAGCAGGCAAAUGCCUAGAAAAGCAUCGCUUGAGUAAAACAGACUUCACAAGAACGUGUAUUCUUCAGAGGCCACAACCAGGAAAAAGAGAUUUGAACCUAUGAAUCCUAAUAACAUCUUUUCUAAUGAUGCCAUGAUAUCCCCUGUCAAUAGAUCGUAGUAGGACUUUGGCAUUCAAAGCAGAAAUGAUCAGUUGAACUUCAGAUCUUAGAAAUCCUUACUUGUAAGUACUAGUUUUUAUUAAUAAUUUACUUAGAGAUAUGUGGAACAGCAAAGUCUAGAGCUGUAGCACUGCAAGUCUAGAAUAGCUUCUCUUGAACAUGAGAUGUAUAUGUAAGAUGAGGAACUGCUUAAAAUGAAGUAAAUUAACAAGGACUUAUUAGAUCAACUGUCUUAAAAUCAAAUAAUGAAUCUAUCUGAUAAUCAUAUCAACAGUAAUAACAAUAACACACAAAGCAUGGAAGCAGUGCUUAAGAACAGUCAAAAUAAUGCAGAUGCUACCAAGAUACACUCUUUAUACUAGGAUUUGUACUUAACUGACCUGAAGAAGGAUCUCAAUGUGGUCGAAUAUGAACUCAAGAACCAGAAGUUCAUGUAUUAAGAAAAAGUCAGAGACACCACCUCGCUCAAAAAGGAGAUUAUACAGUAUCAGUGCUCUCUCAAGAGAUAUCGUAGAAUGGUGUAAGAGCUACAAAAUAAACUGUCAAAGUUGACAUCAUCGCAAAACUAGUAGUAAAAUAACAAUGGGAAUAAAAAGGACAAUUUGUUCCAAUACUCAGAGGAUCUAGCUCAUUAGCCAUCCUUUGAUAAUACAUCCUAAGCCUCUUUCUAAGAUAAGAAAAAUUCCACACUUGGCAACAUGUCUUAGAAGCAAGAUGCAUCACCAAGGAAUAAGAACGUGUCUUCAAUGGGCCAGGUAAAAGCACCACUUAAUGUAAAUACAAUGGAUCUGCAGAAAAUGGAAAAAUUACAGCUGCUAAUGGCUAAUCUUGUUAAGACUAAGAAAGUGUUUAAGGCGUUUAUUAGUGUCUUAUUUGACUUGAAAAACUGUGUGAACUGUUCUAUAGUUACUCUGUUUUUGUUCGAUACUAAAAUCUCUGAUCAUCAGAUUAAGGACUAUUGCUUCAUGCAAAAAACUAUGAUAGACGGCAGAUGGGUAGAUAGAAUAGGAAUCAAUGAAAAGGAUGUCAGUGAGCCAGGCUUCAAAAAGUUUGAGGAUUUGUAGAAGAUAGUCAGGACUUAAGAAUAUUUGGCUUUUCCAGUUUUCAACAGAAACGGUGACUUGAUUGCUGGGAUUCAAGUUGAAGCUAGAAUAAAACAAGCCACAGGGAAGCAUAUGGGCUUCUAUCUGAUAGAUGAACUAGUUAUGAAAAUUGUACUCUCCAAUUUCCAAAUGAAGCUAGACAAACUAAUCGCAGAGCAAGAGAUUAAAGCUAGAGAGAAAGAAGUCAUCAGUACCAUUUCAUUGGCAAGUUCGAUCUGCACCUAGAGAUCUUAUAGAGAUUUAUUUAGAUAGAUGAAAACAGCAAUACCAAUAUUCUUUGAGUUCGAAUCUAUUGGCAUCCUACUGAGGGAUCUUAAAACAUAGGAACUCUUUACUAUAGCAGAAAGCUAUGACUUGACUGGAAUUGAAUAGAGAGGAGAUGAAUUUAAGAAUACUACUAUCAUUAGAUUCCCAAGUUCACUGGGGGUUACAGGAUAUGUUUACAAUAGUGGAGAACUUUACAUUUGCAACAAGGCCUAGAAGGACUCCAAGUUCAGUUCUGAUAUUGAUAACCUAGGAGCAACAGGAGAUGUACACAACUUCAUGAUUGGACCUAUUUACGGCCACAAAGAUACAAAGAAUAAGGAAUUACCAAUUGGAAUCAUUUAGUUUACUAAUAAAAAGGACUUCAAAGUGAUUAACGACUAUGACAAGAAAAAGUUUCAUGCCAUUUAAAACCUGAUCGGGUUGUCUAUUGAUAACACAUCUGAGAUACAUUCUACAAUGAACAUCACGAUAGCAGUAAGAGAUGCCUUUGUGAAUUUGGAGAGAAUGCUUUUUGACAGCUUUAAUGACGAUAAGAGCAUAGGAUUGGAUAAUUCAAUUGACAAUAAAUUUGAAAAGAUGAAUGAGCUGCUUAAUAAAAUUAGUGACAUCAAGAGACAGAUUUACUUCUGA